AUGACUACUCUUCGAAGGUUCUCAACAGCGUACUUACAAAGUGGACGACGUAAAAUUCUCAUACCCUACUGCGAACGCGAUAACUCUGAUCUGGUUCUAAAUCAAUGCAUGGAAGACAAAACACUACUUCCAACUGAUAGCAUUUGCCUUGUCAAUGUCGUAACUCCCAGUGUAUUAUCACAGCUAACACCUUACAGCAUUAUGCAUGGUGCUGCUCCCGUAACCACGACUACAGAAUUCACUUACGCUGCUCAGAGAGAUCCUCAAAGGGAAUUUCUAGUUUCCAGAGCUGAGGAGACACUGGAAAAAGUAGCCCAGCGCUUAAGGCAUAAAAACUUGAGUGUACGAACGGUUGUCCUUGAAGGCGAAAUUAGGACAUCUAUUGUGAAUCUUGCCGAGGAAUUUAAACCUGACAUAAUCAUUUUGACAACUGGAUCAACUGGGAAGCUCAAAAAGAUGUUCACAGCCUCCAUCUCCAAGCAUUUGAAGAAAAAUGCUAAAAAAUCUGAAAUCUUCAUCAUAUCUCCUGAAAAUGAAAGAGAGGUGGUGGUUACUGACCAAUUCUCUGGCGUCGAAGAAAUAUAUUAUUUGAAUCAGUAUAUGUAUGAUAUAUUGGAAAUGGCUUUAUACUUUAAAGAUGAAGUGAGAACGUUGUGUUUUGUGAACUGGAUUGUAAAUCCAAUACCCAUAAGAAUUUUAAUAGCUGCUAUGCCUUAUCCUUACAAGCCUCUGCCUUAGUUAAGAUGGGGAAGGUUUAUUAUGUUGAAAGGCGGUCUCAGACUAGCUCGAUAAAUGUACACGGUGGUGUUAUGAUUUACUUUACAGAAGUUAAGUUAUAUGACAUCCUCGUUUUUACAAAGAGCAGGAUACAAUGCCUCUAAACGUUUUAUCUACAUAACAACAU